GAUGAGGGACGUGGGGAUGUUGGGAUGUAGGGGAAAGGAGUGCGGAGGUGUGGGGACUUGGAAUCAUGCGGAUAGGGGGACGGAGGGAUGCAAGGACAAGGGGAUGGGGGCCACGUGGACACUGGGGGCCCUCCGCUGUCCCUCCAUGGCACUGUGGCCAUGGUUUGGCACUGUCCAUGCACGACGCUUUGUCUGGGACUGUGUCACCAAGCUGUCACUCCCCUCUGCUUCAGGAAGACCCAGAGAGUUGAGAACACAGAGUGGAGCCAACCAGCACCCACUCAGUGGCAGGAAGAGAAUAGAGACAAAUCAGGCUCCUCAGCCCAAUCAACACCAUCGAACCCAGUGCAUGUCUGCUCCAGAUAUAUCUUUGCUGCCCUUGCAGCUGUGGUUUGCAAACCAACCCGUUACAUAGCAUCUGCUUCCUCCUUCUGGUGGCUGGAAAGCCCCAUCCUCGUGUGUCUCAGUGACAUCCGCAAGACGGUCACAUUUCAAUGUCACAUUUUGCCUGUGUCCACGGUGGAUGAGGGCUGUGCAUGGACGUGAGGCAGAGGAGAAAGAGGAAGGACCUGGUGGACAUCCUGCUGCGGUGACGUGUGGCAGGGCCAGCCCUGCCUGUGACACUCGUGGGGACGUGGAUUUUGCAGAGGCCACCCCACAGAUAUGGCCCAGCUCGUGACAUCGCCUGGCUUUGCUGGGUUUGGUGUCACCCUCCUGCUCGGCUUGGCCACACAGCUGCCCCUGGCACACAGCAAAGGGCGGGCAUUUUGGCACCUGACUCCCCGUGAAGAAGCUGAGUGCCCCGACGCCUCUCUGGAAUCCUUCCUCAACAGCACCACCACCACCAUUCUCCUCCCCACCCUCUACUCUGUGGUGCUGUUCGUGGGGCUGCCUGCCAAUGCGCUGGCCUGCUGGGUCCUGGCCAAAAACUUCAGGAGGUGCUCCAGUAGCCUCUUCCUGCUCAACCUGGCCGCUGCUGAUCUCCUCUUCAUCCUUCUGCUGCCCUUCAAGAUCUCCUACCACCUCCUGGGCAACCACUGGCUCUUUGGGGACUACCUCUGCCGCACCAUGGUGGCCCUUUUCUAUGGGAACAUGUACACCUCCAUCCUCUUCCUCACCUGCAUCGGCGUGGAGCGCUAUGUCUCUGUGGCUCACCCGUUCCUCUGGAAGGGCUCCACGGGGACGUGGGGCAGGGCAGGUGUCUGCCUGACCAUCUGGCUGCUGGUGGUGCUGGGUGUGAGCCCGCUGCUGUUCUACCCACAGACAGAACACAUCUCGAAGCUGAACAUCACGACGUGCCAUGAUGUCCAAGGGAAGGACAAUUUCUUCCGGCUCUAUUUCCUCUGCCUAGUGGGGCUGGGCUUCGGUGUGCCCUUUGUGCUCAUGAUCAUCUCCCAUGGCUGCAUCCUGGCUCGGCUGCUGGCCAAGCAGGAGAGCUAUGGGCACGUGGUGCGUGUCCUGGCUGUGGUCCUGCUGGCCUUCCUCCUCUGCUUCACCCCCAGCAACGUGCUGCUCUUCAUGCACUACCUGCAGCAGGACACGGGUUGCAACAACAUCACCUACAGCUGGUACGCCCUGGCCUUGGCCUUCAGUGCUUUUAACAACUGCUUUGAUCCUUUCCUCUAUUUCUACAUCUCCAAGGAUUUUCGGGGCUGGAUAUGGGAGGCUGGCUGCUGCCUCUGUGGGCUGGGGACAAAGGGAGAAUGGAAGAAGACAGCCUUGCCCCUGCGGUCCAGUGAGCAGAGCCAGCUGUAGGCAGGGCUAGAGACACUGUGCCAUGCUCUCCAUGUGGAGAAGACCCUUCUGCAGUUCCAGCCCAGGGUUACCCC